AACACUGAUGGUGAAGCCGUUGGGUACAACCGGUCAGUCGACGAACAAGGGGCCGGCGACCAGAAGAACCGAAUGCCCGACCCUCCAGUCCCUCCACGUUCCGCCAAGGCUGCUGAGGACGGAGAUGGUGCCACUUCCGAGGACGCCACAGAGGACGGCGAUGAUGAACGAGAUGAAGAAGGGGAUGAUGAGGAGGACGAAUCCGAGAGACAUGAAAGACCUGUCCUUCAGAGGCGACAUACUCUGGGACCAGCAAUGGACCGAUCGAUACUGUAUCCGAAUCAGGUACUGCCUCCUCCCGUGUACGCCAAUUUUGACCAAUUGCAGAAGGCCGCCGCGCAGCGUCUGGGGACGGAAAACAGAAUGGGCGAUCAAUCUACUGCGUCAGAGACACCAAUGGCCACGACCAACACUUCAAGCAAACCCCGCACGCCGACGCGAAAGUACUCCCAGCCCUCGCCGAAGGUAUCUUCCCCCGGGCUUUCCUUACUGCGUAACCUAUCAAUCAAUGGCAGUGGUGAACCUACUGCUUCUUCUAGUGACAUGACCGGCUUAGAUGGAGGUCCAAUGGAGGAGGGCGGCGCCGGUGAGGGUCUCAGUGACCUGAUUUCUAUUUCAAAGUCUAUCUAG